AUGCCAAAAAUUGAGUAUAUUGGCCGCCCGUCUCUCCAUUUUUAUGGCAAAUUUCUGUCGGAAAUCGCCAAAAACUUGAAAAAUCGUGCCAAAGGUAGAGUAGUAAUAAGGGAAACUGAAUCUGCAAAGUUCAAAGAACCCUGCUAUUACAUUUUGGAUAACGUUAUCCCGCUGAUGUCCGAUAAAUCGGCUGUUAGAUGCAGAGCCUGGGGUAAAAGGAUAUUUCGAGGUCGUGAUUUAGGUUAUGCUCUUCUAUCGAAUACACAUGAAGCAGAUUGGCGUCUUCUUUCACCUAGUGAAGCAGAAAACUUGAUAUCUCUUUCAAAGAAAAGUGAUUCAAUUGCUCCAGAUGUUCCAGUUAGUUGUAUUGCUGAAGCACCUCCUUUAUUGACAAUAUUGUUGCGUAGGAAACAUAUCCUUUCACCUCAAAUAGUUGAACAGGUUGAAAAAUCGACACAUUCAUCAUCUAUGCAACAAUCAAUGAAAGAAGCUAGCGGAUUGUUGUUACUAACACCCCACCACUAUGAUCCAACAGAUUUCAAAGUUCCUAUUGAACCAACAGAAGAGGAAAAAUCGCGUAUGUAUCCACCAUAUGAUUGGUCAGCUCAAAAAGGAUUAAUUAUAAAACCUAAUUUAAAUCGAACUUCUUAUCUAAUUCGACGGUCUGAUACACCUGGAUUAUAUUGGCGUGUUCAUUUGUCUACACCUAGCAAAGGCAGUCCUGCUCCCGAAACGACUGA